AUGUCGUCAUCGUCGGGCAUGAAGUUGGGCGGCGCUCCAUCGUGGCUGGGGCCGCUGCUCAGCGCGAGGUUCUUCCAGCGCUGUGCCACGCACCCCAGACUAGCCAAGAAUGAUUGCAACCACUGCUGCCUUAGCUGCGCCGGCGAGGAGAACGCCGUCUGCUGCCCCAUGUGCCUCUCCGGCCACCGCGACCACCAUGUCCUCCAGAUACGGCGGUCGUCAUACAAGAACAGCGUGGUGAUCCGGGUGGCGGAGCUGGAGGAGGUUGCGGACAUGUCCCUGGUGCAGCCAUACAUGGUCAACCACGAGAGAGUGAUGUACCUCCACCCGAGGCUGCAGGCGCCGCAGCACGCCAUCAUGUGCUUCAGCCCCGCCGGCGCAUGCCUGAUGUGCGGCCGGAAACUCGUCGACGAAAUCUUCCGCUUCUGCUCCCUCGGCUGCACGCUUGAAGGAAUGGUGUCUGAUCCCAACUUCACAUUCAUUCUUGAUCCGGAAUGCAAGUGGGAAUACUCAGACUCAGACUCAACCGAAGAAGAAGAUGACGGCGGCCAUCUGCCAGGCCCUAGCAACUCUCAGCCAAUUGGAGGGACUAGUUACGGCCGCCAGCCAAGGAAGGGCGUCUGUGGCCCACCUCAACGGGCACCCUUCUACUGA